AUGCUACGGUUAACAUGGAGUGCUGUCACUCUGAUGUACCUGUUGGUUUGGCACGGUGCGUGUGCCUGGAACGUGUCGUUACAGUGCAAGGAGGACACAACAGCGUUCCUUAUGGAAUUACAGAAAGAUACUCCAAGCAAAUAUGCAGUCCUGAUGUACGAUGCAUUUGGUAAGAUUGGCAGUGAUGUUGAAGGAGGGAACGUGAACAAACCUGGGUCUCUGAGAGAGUGUCUGUCUGUGGAGGGCCCGGAGUUCAGGGGACAGUACUGCCAGGUGUUCCUCAAACAGGACAGUGUGGAGUAUUUUGUGGGUGUUUGCGUUCCAGACUCUUGUACAGAAUCCGAAGUCCAGACGCUCGUUGUUUAUGAUGCAUUUGAUCAGAAACAGAUCUCUUUACUUCCUCCUGUGCCUUCAAUCCUAAUGCUGGAUUCCACGCUUGGUGUAUUCAUGACUCAGUGCCUCAGUGAUUCUCCUCAUGCAGACCUAUCUGCAAUAGUCUGUCUGUGUGUGUGUUGUGCGUUAUUGGCGCUUCCUCUCAUAGCUUCCGUCUGUGUUGCGGUGAUAAAAAGGAAGCGAAUGAGAGAGGUGAGGACAGGGCUGGGUUUCGCUCAUACCUCAAACACCAACCAAUACGGAACUCUCUUGACUAAUGGCUCAGCCAAUCAGAGUAAAGAGAGCAAUGCUGCCACAGACACCACACAGACGAGGGACCAAAAUGCAGAAAAUGACCCGCAGACCCGCAUCUCAAAGACUGUGUUAUCGUGCCUUCAGGCGCUCUCGGUACAGAAUAGCAGUCAGGGGUUACUAGCCACAGAAAGCUCUGGAAGCAGUUACUCCUCUCUUAAUGGCAUCCGUAUCCUCAGUUUACUCUGGAUCAUCUCAGGCCACACCGUGCAGCUGAGCGCCUGGAGUAACCUGGAUAAUGAUAAGAGGUGGAAGGAAAUGGUUGAGAGGAACCCUCUGUAUGUCUUUGCCUUCAGUGGGCCAGUGUAUCUAGCGGUUGACUCUUUUCUUCUGCUGGGUGGUCUUUUGAGUGCCAAAUCACUGCUGAGCUCCAUCCAGAGGUCAGAUAACACGCUUAGCUUCAGUCUGGUGGCUCAUUUCCUCUUCAAGCGGUUCAAGCGGAUUCAACCUCUCCACCUCUUCAUCGUGUGCUUGACCAUUGGACUCUUCUCCAUCGUUCAGAGGGGGGUCUUCUGGUUCAUUGCAGAGGAUGAGGUCUACAGCUGUAAGAAAUACUGGUGGUCCAACCUGCUCCUCGUCAACAACCUCUUCACUAUCACAGACAUUUGUGCACCAUGGACGUGGUAUCUCUCCAUUGACUUCCAGUUCUAUGCAACAACACCUUUUCUGAUAUUCCUGUACAGAAUAAACAAAAGUGUGCUUGUCGUUGUGUCGGUCGUUCUCCUAAUAAUCUCCAGUGUAACAGGAGCCCUGAUCACCGGUUUGUUGCAUCUCCCUGUGCACCAGCCAACAACACUGGCAUAUGAAAGCUAUUUUCAGUAUUACUACAACAAACCCUACACAAGAUAUGGGCCGUAUCUACUGGGCAUUCUUGCCGGAAUAUACAUGACCACCAAGAAAGAGACACUUAUAAAACAACAGUGGCAGGCAGUCAUAGGUUGGCUCUGUUCGCUGUCAGUCAUGGCCCUCUUGGUGGGAUUGGCCUAUGUGCUGAGAGAGGUCCCGCCCUAUCUGUCCCUGACCCAUGCUGUUUAUCAGGGGACGCACCGCUCACUUUGGGCCCUGGCUUUGGUCUGGAUCAUCCUGGCCUGCGAGGAAGGAUACGGAGGGUUUGUGGAUAAAAUUCUGUCUUUAGGCCUGUGGGCUCCUCUGUCUAACAUCAGCUUCGCCUGUUAUCUGAUCCACCCAAUCAUUAUUAUACUGUACAACGGCAAACAAGAGACUGCCAUGCACUAUACAGACUACAACUUUUUCUACCUGUUUCUGGGUCACCUGCUGUUGACAGUCUGUGUAGGUUAUGUGUUAACUGUGCUAAUUGAAAAGCCGUAUCUCUUCCUGCCAAAACGAUAAGUCCUGCUUCAUUACGUCAAGACUGGAAGGUGAAGAAAAGAUUUAAAUAUAUUUAUAUAUUUCAGAGAAACGAGAUGUUUUAAGUACAGUAUAUUUAUUAAUUCAUUGUCCCCCAUUUUCUCAAUCGAUUCAAAAGCUUCAAAAGCUGUAGAUUGCUGUUUAUGAACCGUGUUAGAGAGCUUUGGUGUGGUUUUUGUGAAUGCAUUAAAUAAAUGAAUUGAUGUACAGAA